AUGGCCUCCAAUAAAACUGCAUUGCAGACAGUGGGAAAGAAACAGAAAGGACAGAGUAAAAAAGUAGAAGAGGCAGAGCCUGAGGAAUUCAUGGUGGAGAAAGUAGUGAAUGAGGAGAUGAAGCAUUUCCUGAAGUGGAAGGGAUUUACAGCUGUUGACGAUACUUGGGAGCCUGAAGAAAAUUCAGAUGGCCCAGAGUUAAUUGAAGCACAUCCUAAUUCUCAAAAAGCUGGUAAAGAAUAAGACGGUACAAUAAGAGGCUCUUUAGCCAACAGUGAAUCUGAUGAUGGCAAAUCCAAGAAGAAAAGAGAUGCUGCUGAUACACCAACAGUCUUUGCCAGAGGUCUUGAUCCUGAACAAAUAAUUGGUGCUGUAGACAGCAGUAGAGAAUUCACAUUUCUCAUGAAAUCCAAAGGUUCAGAAGAGGCAGACUUGGUGUUGGCAAAGGAGGCAAAUAUGAAGUGUCUUCAAAUUAUAAUUGGUAUCACUCGGAGAGCUCUCUACCUGGUCCCUCUGCUUGCUCUUCUGCUCUCUCAAUUCCAUCUUCCAGGAACACUGAUCUCCAAAGAACCUCUUUUCCACGAGCUCUGUUUCCAAACCGGCAUCAUGGCUGGGGCACAGCAGGCAUCCCAGGAGGCCCUCUUCAUAGAGAUUGUGGUGUGCAUGGUGCCCCCUGGGCCGGGCAGGGCCGUGGGAGCCAAGACUGCUCAGCCUUGUCUUUAA